CCUUUCGCCGCUCAAGCAGUUAGCAAGCUUGCUAAUGCUCGGUGGUAGCGACAUCAUUUUCGGGUAUUGUAAAUUAGAUAAUGGUGCUAUUUUCACAGAGGUUUAAAUUACUAAUGAAAUAGGGCAUGCAUGACGAGUUGUUGAAAAGGAUUUGAACGAUUUAAAUCUUCAUCAAAGCGGAAGUUGAGUUUGUUUGUGUGGUAGUACCUGUAGUCAGGCUGCAUUGUUGUGUUUUUAUGGAAGGCCUGAAGCGUCUGAAUUUAUAUUUCCGGUGACAUAUUGCUGUCAAAUGACGACCUUAUUAUUACUGACGUAUCAAUAAGGUUAAAUACUUCCUACUAGAAAAUACUUGGGGCCUCACGGUUAUAAUGUAUUCCUGUCUUUUAAGGAUAUUCUCAUCAUGAGCUAUACAGAGAAACCAGACGACAUAACAAGGGACGAAUGGAUGGAUAAGCUCAACAAUGUCCAUGUUCAGAGAGCUGAUAUGAACAGACUUAUUAUGAACUAUUUGGUGACUGAGGGCUUCAAGGAGGCGGCGGAAAAGUUCAGAAUGGAGUCUGGGAUUGAGCCAAGUGUAGACCUGGAGUCCCUCGAUGAAAGAAUUAAGAUUAGAGAAAUGAUCUUAAAGGGACAGAUCCAGGAUGCAAUUUCGCUGAUCAACAGUCUACAUCCAGAACUGCUGGAUACUAAUCGCUACCUUUACUUUCACUUACAGCAGCAACAUCUCAUCGAGCUUAUUCGUUUGAGGGAGACGGAAGCUGCACUUGAAUUUGCCCAGUCUCAGUUAGCAGAGCAGGGGGAGGAGAGCCGAGAAUGUCUGACUGAGAUGGAGAGGACACUGGCACUGCUGGCAUUCGAUAACCCCGAGGAGUCACCUUUUGGAGAUCUUCUCAAUAUGAUGCAGAGACAAAAGGUAUGGAGCGAAGUGAACCAGUCUGUGCUCGACUAUGAAAACAGGGAAUCAACACCCAAGUUGGCCAAACUCCUAAAGCUGCUGCUCUGGGCUCAAAAUGAACUGGACCAAAAGAAAGUGAAGUAUCCGAAAAUGACAGACCUCAGUAAGGGAACCAUCGAAGAGCCAAAAUAAUACCCAGAUUUAAAGCAUAAGAUGGACACAUUUCCUCUAUUUAUACCCCACACAAUGAAAAUACAUACUUUUUUGAAAAGGUUGCUUUUUCAUGCAUUAAUAAUGAAAUGGGCAGAAUCAACUGAAUUGAUGCCAUUUCAAAAUGACCUGUCACUAAAUGAACAUGCAUUGUUUUCCAUGGUGUUAACAUUUACAUAUACUGAAUGAAAGUAGUUUUUUUGCAUAUUUAAAUGUACACUAGUUUUUUUUUCUGUCAGUUGGCAGGGAAAGUUGGAAAUGGAAAGUUUGAUUAAAGCCUAAAUUAGGCUGUCAGUCUGUGUGUGACCAUUUA